AUGUUUAGAAACCUAUCAUCGAGGCUCUUCGCCUCUCGUCCGGCUUAUGGGCCUGUCGAGGACGACGAACUACUGGCAGAUCCGGAUCGGGAGGAGGAUGUGCAAGCCACACCUCAGCUAGACGAUUCACCAAGAAGGCAAUUCUCGUGGAGGGAUUAUGCCGUGUUCCUUUUGCUUGGGGUUACGAUGCUGUGGGCUUGGAACAUGUUCCUCGCCGCAGAACCGUACUUUCGCCGUCGAUUCCGUAACAACCCAUGGGCUGCAGAGCACUAUGAACCCUCCGUUCUAUCCGUCUCAACAGUGACAAACUUGCUGUGUGUUCUUGCGCUCGCAAAGCUGCAAAAGAAUGCUUCCUAUCCGAUCCGUAUCGCUUUCUCGCUUCUCGUACUCACUAUCGUGUUCGCUCUCUUGGCCAUCUCGACGAUUUUCUUUCGAGGCGUUUCUGUGGGACUCUACUAUAUAUUCGUGAUGACAAUGGUCCUUGGCGCUAGUUUCGCAACAGGCAUGAACCAGAACGGCGUGUUUGCAUAUGUUUCGGGGUUUGGACGUCCUGAAUAUACUCAGGCAAUCAUGGUUGGACAGGGUGUUGCCGGAGUGCUCCCCUCGAUCGUUCAGAUAAUAUCCAACUUGCCCGUCCCCAAAGUGGAUGAAAUAGACGGCGAUAGCGGGUAUGCAAAUUCAGCACUUGGCUACUUUUUGGUCGCAGUUUUCAUCACCGUUUUGUCGUUUAUGGCAUUUUUUAAUCUCAUGAACCGGACUGCGGGUUUGUCUUGGCUCAAGAGAGAGCUACAACAAGGCGCAGAUCAGCUCAGCGCCGUCGGGCCAGAGUCCUCAGGACCACAUAAGACCGUGAGCCUUUGGAAGCUGUUCUUACGACUGAAAUGGCUCGCUCUUGCGGUUUAUAUGUCUUUUGCUGUGACCAUGGUAUUUCCGGUCUUCACGGCCCAAAUUCAAUCUGCGCAUGACCCGGCAACGCGAUCUCGUCUCUUCGACCAGGAAGUAUUCGUGCCCCUGGGUUUCCUCUUCUGGAAUCUGGGAGACUUAACCGGUCGUCUGUUCCCGUUAGUGCCGUUCUUUGCCAAUUCAAUCAAAAGACCCCGCGCACUUUUCCUUUUUUCUGUGCUUCGCUUGGCUUUUAUUCCAUUGUACCUAGCUUGCAAUAUUCGAGGUCACGGUGGCUCCUCGCCUUUUGCUCAUAGCGACUUUCUGUACCUGUUUAUUGUUCAAUUGGGCUUUGGUGUGACAAAUGGCUUCUUGGGAAGCGUCUGCAUGAUGGGGGCCGGCCAGUACGUCACUGUUGACGAGCGUGAGGCAGCUGGAGGGUUUAUGAGUAUGAUGCUUGUUGCUGGGCUAGCAACGGGGAGUCUUCUCAGUUUUACUAUCAGUAAUGCAUAG